CGCGCCCUCCGCACUAGGAUGUUGCGGCAGGUCUUGCACAGGGGGCUGGGGACGUCCUUCUCCCGGCUCGGCCACUUCGUCGCCAGCCACCCGGUGUUCUUCGCCUCGGCGCCCGUGCUCAUCUCCAUCCUGCUGGGCGCCAGCUUCAGCCGCUACCAGGUGGAGGAGAGCGUGGAGCACCUCCUGGCCCCCACGCACAGCUUGGCCAAGAUCGAGAGGAACCUGGUGGACAGCCUCUUCCCGGUGAACCGCUCCAAGCACCGGCUCUACUCCGACCUGCAGACGCCUGGGAGGUACGGCCGGGUGAUCAUCACCUCCUUCCGCAAGGCCAACAUGCUGGACCAGCACCACACCGAUCUCAUCCUCAAGUUGCACUCUGCAGUGACCAGGAUCCAAGUUCAAAGACCUGGUUUCAAUUACACGUUUGCCCAUAUAUGUAUCCUGAACAAUGACAAGACUUGCAUAGUGGACGACAUAGUGCAUGUACUGGAGGAAUUAAAAGCUGCUCGUUCUUCUAAUCGAACUAAUUUUGCAAUCACUUAUCCGAUUACUCACUUAAAGGAUGGCAGGGAAGUGUAUAAUGGGCAUCAGCUCGGUGGGGUUACUGUGCACAGCAAGGACCGGGUGAAGUCUGCAGAAGCCAUUCAGCUCACCUACUACUUGCAGGCAAUCAACUCCUUGAAUGACAUGGUGGCAGAGAAGUGGGAAUCCAUUUUUUGUGACACUGUUGAACUUUUCCAGAAAUCCAACAGGAAAGUCAAAAUGUAUCCUUUCACUUCCUCUUCACUGAAGGAGGAUUUCCAGAAGACGAGCAGGGUGUCAGAACGCUACCUGAUCACAAGCUUGGUCCUUGUGGUCACCUUGGCCAUUCUCUGCUGCUCCAUGCAGGAUUGUGUCCGCAGCAAACCCUGGCUUGGCCUGCUGGGAUUGCUGACAGUGACCCUUGCCACCCUGACUGCUGCUGGGAUCAUCAAUCUCACUGGUGGGAAAUACAAUUCCACUUUCCUGGGAAUCCCCUUCGUCAUGUUAGGUCAUGGGUUGUAUGGGACUUUUGAAAUGUUGUCCUCCUGGAGAAAAACUAGAGAAGACCAACACGUUAAAGAGAGGACUGCAGCUGUAUUUGCAGACUCCAUGCUCUCGUUUUCUCUCACCACUGCCAUGUACCUGGUCACUUUUGGAAUAGGUGCCAGUCCCUUCACUAACAUUGAAGCAGCCAGGAUUUUCUGCUGCAAUUCCUGUAUUGCAAUUUUCUUCAACUACCUCUAUGUACUCUCCUUUUAUGGUUCCAGCCUGGUGUUUACUGGCUACAUAGAAAACAACUACCAGCAUAGUAUCUUCUGCAGAAAGGUACCAAAGCCAGAGGUAUUGCAAGAGAAGCCUGCAUGGUAUAGGUUUCUUCUGACAGCCAGAUUCAGUGAGGACACGGAUGAUUCAGAGGAAACGAACACUUACGAGAGUCAUCUUUUGGUGUGGUUCCUGAAACGCUAUUAUUGUGACUGGAUAACAAACACUUAUGUCAAACCUUUUGUAGUUCUCUUUUACCUUGUUUAUAUUUCCUUUGCCUUAAUGGGCUACCUGCAGGUCAGUGAGGGGUCAGACCUGAGCAACAUCGUAGCGACUGCGACUCGGACCAUCGAGUACACGACUGCCCAGCAGAAGUAUUUCAGUAACUACAGCCCCGUCAUUGGGUUCUACAUCUAUGAGUCCAUCGAGUACUGGAACACCAGUGUCCAGGAGGACGUGUUGGAGUAUACCAAGGGCUUUGUGAGGAUAUCUUGGUUCGAAAGCUACUUAAAUUACCUUAGGAAACUCAACAUAUCUACUGGAUUGCCGAAGAAGAAUUUCACUGAUAUGUUGAGGAACUCCUUCCUGAAGACCCCUCAGUUUGCCCAUUUUUCAGAGGAUAUCAUCUUUUCCAAGAAAUACAACAAUGAAGUUGAUGUUGUGGCCUCCAGGAUGUUCUUGGUGGCCAAGACAAUGGAAACCAAGAGGGAAGAACUUUAUGACCUCCUGGAGACUCUGAGGAAGCUCUCUCUCACCUCCAAGGUGAAAUUCAUCGUUUUCAAUCCAUCAUUUGUGUACAUGGAUCGUUAUGCCUCUUCAGUGGGAGCCCCCUUACAAAACUCCUGCAUUAGUGCUUUAUUUCUGCUCUUCUUCUCUGCAUUCCUGGUGGCAGACUCUCUGAUCAAUGUCUGGCUCACUCUAACUGUUGCCUCAGUUGAAUUUGGAGUUAUAGGUUUUAUGACCUUGUGGAAAGUGGAACUAGAUUGUAUUUCUGUGUUGUGCUUAAUUUACGGAAUUAAUUAUACAAUUGACAACUGUGCUCCACUGUUGUCAACCUUUGUCCUGGGCAAAGAGUUCACAAGAACUAAAUGGGUGAAAAACGCCCUGGAAGUGCAUGGGGUAGCUAUUUUGCAGAGCUACCUCUGCUAUAUUGUUGGUCUGAUUCCUCUUGCAGCUGUGCCUUCAAAUCUGACCCGUACACUGUUCAGGUGCUUGUUUUUAAUAGCAUUAGUCACCUUCUUUCACUGCUUUGCCAUUUUACCUGUGAUACUGACUUUCCUGCCACCCUCCAAGAAGAAGAGGAAAGAGAAGAAGAAUCCUGAAAACCGUGAGGAAAUAGAGUGUGUUGAAAUGGUGGAUAUGGAUAGCACCCGAGUGGUUGACCAAAUUACAACAGUCUAACUUGAUUUGUUGGUUGCUUUUUUACACUAGGUCUUACUGAGAAAAAAAAAAGAAACCAGUACUGACUAAAUGUGUGGGGACAGGAAGGAGAUUGGAGGUUUCCCCUCCCUCCUCUAAGCUAAAUCCAGGAAUAUUCAAAAUUAUGGGAGAAAUUAAAAAUAAAUUAAAAAAAAAUUAAAAGAGCCGGGGUAUUGUACCUUGCUCGGUCCCUAUAACAGGUAAUAUGGGAGAAAUUGCACACCCAUGCAAAGAGAGGUUAAAUUCUAGAUGCAUGAAGUAAGAUCUAAUGGAAGAAGUUGGGUUCUUAAGCAGUCGUCUGCAUCGCCUGUACUGCAGAUGCUGCAAUUAUUGUGGCUAAACCAAAUCAUGUUGAAAGGUCAACUGUCAAGGCUGAAGUAGCACUAAAUGUUCGCUGGAUGUAAAGGCUUUACAAACUUUCUGCACAGCAAUAACUCAAGUCAGUGAGUCAGCUCUAAUAAGUCUUUGCCAUCACAUUUAAUUUUUCUUUUCUCCCCUAAUAUAAACAUUUAUGCAAGACUAUAUAAAAGAUAGCAACUGUACUGGGAAAGAAGGCAGUACACAGCAACCAAGUGCUUUCCAAACACUUUUAUGUUAUGAAUCACUUUUUUUUUUUUUCUAAAAGUAUCAUUAUUUUAAAAUGGAAAUAAUCCCUUGUAACAUUUUUAAUCAUGGUUUUAUAGCUGUUUCUUUUUCUUAUAAAAACAAAAAAAAAGAACAAAAAAAAGGAACAAAAAAAUCCAUGUGACUCUGUCACUCUAGAAAAUAUAUAAUUCUAUUUUAUACAUGUCUCGCUACUAGUUAAACAUGUAAUCUGCUUUACCAACUGUAAUUUUGUUAGCACUCUACUAAGACAUGUGAAUGGCUCUAGCAGCAGACAGAAGAUGGUGUACUGAAUAUUUCAGCACCAAAAUCCAUGAUACAAACCUCAAAUACUAAAAUGUCAUCAAGAAAGUGAAUGUUAGGGCUCUUUUAGUGAGAGCCUAUUUCAGGCCAUUCACUGGUAAUGCACACUAAGAGGAUUAGUGGGUAGUUUUACAUAAUGUAUAACUUAAUCCCUCCAUCUUCCUAGAGUACCUGUAAAGCAAUAGACCUUGCAGCUAUGGGCUCUUCCAGGAGACAGUAGGCAGUAAGAGUUGUGUGGAACAAACUGAAGGCUGGGACUGUGGUUUAGCAGCAGCAAGUUUAACAACAUCCCCAAAGAGCCCAUUAUCUAAGGGGCCUAUUGAAAACAUCACAUCUGAGAGGGGAAAACAAAAAAAAAAUUUAAAAAACCCCAACUUAAAAAGAUUACAUUACUGAGUCUUUUUGGAGCCAUGAGUUCUAAAUCAAUAAUUCUGUCAGCAUCUGUGAUGUGGAGUAAUACAGAAAAAGCAGCAUCUCUUCCCUCCUCCGCCCCCUCCACCCCUAAGAGCGACAGGCUCAUUACUGUAAGGUUUUAUCAUGUGGUUGAACCCUAGUGGGGAUAUGAAAGCCAGUUCUGUAGGUUUUGCUGAGAGUAUUCCGACCAUUUCACAUUGCCUGUGAAAAGCCAGUAGCAGGAAGCUGGCUGGUGUGUCGGGUGGUUUCUCAUGGACUGUUGCUUUGUGGUGCAAGGUGAAUGUAUUCCAACCAGACUCCCUUUUGCAGCUCAUCUGGAAAUUAAGAGUACUUGAACAGUUUUCAGCAUUUGGCACAAAGUUUGCUUCAAUGACAGUAUCUGGAGGGGAAGGGGUAUUGCAAGAGCCAUGGGGCUUGGAGCACUGGGAGCACCAUGGCUCGGGAGGCUGCCUGUGGGACCUGUAUGGUCACUAGGACGUCUGUGGUCACAAACCCAGGGUGUGCUUCAUUACAUGAAACUUCUCUUUAGUAUCCAAAUCCCAGUGACCCCCAAAUGCCCUGUGCAAAACCUGCAAAUGCCACCUACUGAAUAUUAAUUUUCAAGCAAAGAGAUACUUCUGAUGCAUCCUUCCUAGCGGAAAAUAAGAUAACCAGAUAUUUUGCCCUGAAGCAAAACGUAACCUUCUCACUAGCAAAACAAGUCAGCAGUGCAGCUGGCAACAUUUACUUUCCCCUGGAUAAGUCCCUUUCCUGACCAGAGGAAAGGAAGCUGUGUCCAGGAAUGCACAGGCUCUUUGCUUAAGUAAACAAGAGUUGCUUUGGUAGCAGCUGGGAAGCUGUAACUACAACUUCAGCCUUGGCAGAACACAGGCGGACACCUUGAAGACAGCCAAAUGAAUGUAAGGCUAGGAAAAAUAUCUGUUUCCCCUGUUUUCUUUAGACUCAGGCUUGGGGCUAUGUUUUCCAGCCAAAAAAUAUUCCUUAAAUAUACUUCACUGUAGAUUUUCUGUGAUCGUCAGUAUGUUGUUUAAAUACCAGUCACCCUGUCCCCUGGCUGUUCAACAGGCAUUUGCAGUGGCUUUUAAACUUCUGAGGGCAUUAGUAAAUGAGCUGAGAGUUACAGAGGAAUUGCAAUUCCUCUGCAGGAAUCUACUGGCUUGUGGGACAUUUGGAAAUGGGACAUGUGUCAAAGAGGUUGUUUGUACACUGCCGAGAGGAGUACCUGGUAAACACUGAUUUUACACCUCUGCUAUCCCUCAUGCUAUCACUUGCAAAUACCAGAUGCCAAGAUAGUUACCAUAAACCUCCUCACAUCUGAUUGCAGUGCAUAGACAGGAGCAUCUUUGAAGAGAUGUCCAAAGACAAGCUUGCAGCUUCACAGAUCUCUUAUUAAAUCUCACCAUGUGAGGCCUUUAGAGAUCCUCAAGAAACGUGGUAAAACUAGGGAUAAAAUUACUUCUCUAUCUCCAAACCUGUCAGAAAAAGCAUGUGAGGCCUUUCUGUGACAAAGUGCUGCAGAAGAGGCUUGAGUGUCCACAGAAGGCAGGGUGAGAAGUCAUGCAGUCCAUGCCCCCAGGGCAGAGCCAAUGACAUUUAAAUAAUUUCUGAAGGAUGUUUGUCCAGCCCAUUCCCAAAAGUCUUUUUAAGCAAAGAUUCCUCU